GUAAGGCGGGCGUCAUCGCAACCAGUCAUCGCGAUUCGCUCACCUAUCGCAUCAUGGAUAAACCCGCCAAGGGAGAACAGAACGAGGGAGAGCGACAAACAGCAGCGCGCACAUAUAGGAGGGCAUCGAAACGCGAGCGCGGGCGCACUCGUGACAUCAGUCGUUCCCAGUGUAAGCGAGCGGCUAGGCGGUGUGCGGUGGCGUCGCGACGCCGGCGCAGUUCCCUCGAUCGAUUGCACGUUUCACUGGCCGUGUACUCGCGGGCUGGGGUGAGGAAAUUAGUCGGACAGUGAGAAACAGCUAGAAAGAAGAGACGCGUGCGUGUAAGAAGAAGAAGAGCGAGCGAGAGGGUGAAGGAGCUGCGGAAAAGAGACAGUGGGAGUGAAGGAAAGAGAGUGCAGUAAUAGAGAGACGAAAAGGGAGAGUCGGAGGAAGUAUUGGUGCGCGCGUGUCUUUUGGCGACAACGCCAACAUACUCUAACCGAACGUGUGGCAGGAUCUGCAAAAGGUGACAGAUUACGAGGAAGGUUUGUUCGAGCCUGAAAAAACUGCUCGGUUUCUUUGGGCUCUGUGCCUCCCCCGGUUAAAAAUAUUCAGGCGCACAGCGGUGCAGGAUGACGGCGUUGCGGAUUUAGAAGAGACAAACGUAACCUUCUCUCUCGCAAGCUGGACGCCGGGAUCGGUCGUAAUACAGUCUUCUUAUCAGCCGGCUGACACUGGCCCGAAGACAUGGAUUACCGGUCUGCUGGCACCAGGUGCGAGGAUGAUUUCCUGGAGAACGACAAAGGAGUUAGUGCUGCGAACGAGCAUAAGGGCGCGUUGAAGCGUGGCGGCUCGCACACGCGCGGCACCGCAAUGUCCUUUGGUUUUCGACGGAGACCGGCCUCCGGGAUUCCGAUGCCGAUAACGAACUAUACUACCGAGACGAGUCUGCUGCACCCGCGAUCGAAAUCGGCUGGUCCAGAACAAAACCGUAGACGCGACGACGACAACAUCAACAUGAUUCAUUCGUCUUCCGGCCGAUCGACACCACGACUUGCACCACCGAAAAAAGAAUCUAGCGGAAUUGCCGUUAGGACGAAUCGAUUUGGUUACCGGCAGCCGCAAGCCAAAUUCACCAAUAAAGUUAGCGAUAUUUGCAGCAGUCAUAGUGUAAGUCAUUAUAAUCAAGAGAAAUUACAACAACAACAACAACAACAGCAGGAGGGCUUUGUGAAGCAACCGCAUAGGGUGGUUCAAGCCUCUAACGUGGCACAGGUGACGUCGAAAAUGAAACAGCCACAAGCAAUGCAUAAUUCAGUCACGUACAAUAACACUAAUGCUACGCAUACAGAUGGAAAUCGCAAAGUAUCUGGUAUUCCAGAACCAAUUGGCAGGUAUACUCUGCACACCAGUCAUCUGCCACUACCUCAGUACGCUGUAAGAAUGACCGAUGCAAAUUCAAAGACCGCGAAAACCGCGGCGAAUCAAAGCAGGAAAGUAUCCGCGGCGUCGAAAAGUUCUGCCAGCUCGAAAGAAGGCUCGAGCACGGAAGAUUCCGGCGUAGGAAGUCAGCAAGGUUGCCCCGGUGAAAACGAUUCGAGGGGUGUGGACUAUACGGAUGGAUCGUUAACAAGAAGGCGCGGUCUAGGUAAACCGAGGAAUUUAAGAAUGGUUGUAAACGGGAAAAGUUUCGACGUGAGGGAUGUUAGGGAUGACGAUAGCACGGUUACCGAGAUAUCCGUUAUACCUUUGCCAAAAACGUUCACCGCAGCCACCACUGGAUUAGUGCGAGAAAGAGCCACUCAGUAUCAAAGAAACGUGAACAAGGACAAUAGGUAUACCGAAUCUACGACAUCCAUGUCAACCACAUCUUCGGAGGGCUACGACGAGGGAUUAGGCGAGGAGAAGGUUUACAAAGAUAGAUCACAUUCGGAAAAAAUUCCUUCUAUCAAGUCAGACUUCAGUCCGCCGAGCUCUGAUGACCCUGAAUAUGGCCAUGGAGAAGCUAUGGCUGACGAAUAUUCGUUAAGCUCCAGUGACGAAUGUCAACGCUCCAGUACUCUGCAACAUUUACAGAAUUCGUCGAACACAGCUAAGAACGGAACGCUGCCGAAAACUACUCUGCGCUCGGUACUUCUUUCCAUCGAAGAUCCUGCGUUCGCCGCGGCUGCGGCUACUUCAACUACAUUGAUAGAUGACGAAACGUCGCCUGUUGAUAGUCUUUUUGACAGUCUUACAGCCAGUAUUACUCAAUCGGACGCUAAAGCCCCAAAGAAAGAGAAUGUGAUGCAACAGUCGGGAAAUACUAUCGACGAUGAUAGUCCUGGAACGCCAACGAACGCCUCGAAUUCGUUAAGUUUGUCGGAGGGCAGAGAAUUCUUCGACGACGAGAUCGCUGAUCAACCUGGGCUUGUUUUUGAUGACAAUUCAAAAGCUGCUGAGACACAGUCUGCCGUAACUAGUCAGGUCGUCACCGAGAACAGUCAUACGUUGAUCGAAUCCAGUCCUAAGACAGGUGUAGGACAUGAAAAAACCGCAACUAACAGCCCUCAUCAUGGCAAACGAAUCAGUCGAGCUGGCAGCAUCGACACUUUAUCACCUUGUGAAUCCAUUGCUUCUGAUGAUUUAAUACUGGAUUAUGAACAGAGCGAUGCAAGUUCCUACGAGGAACAGCAGCAUCGAGUGGAGACAAGCACGGCCUUGCAAGAUAUGGAUAACGCUACAAUUCUCUCCGAAUUGGAAGCCAAGGGUGAAGAAGUAAUGAGGCAAUGGACUUCCUUAUUGGGUACAUGUCAAACGCAGCAACAUACUACUAAUAACUCGAAUACAAUUAACAACAACGUGAACGCUGGAUCAGGCAAUAAUAAUAAUCAGCCAGGCAACGAAAUAGGCGCGCUAAUAAAGCGAGUGAAGCAAUUGCAAAGCCCCGAUGAGGACUCCGCGGGUGGGGACUACUACCAGCUGACAUAUCCUAACUAGCGACCACAACCCGCCAGCCCUUCUCUGUCGACUAGCGAAACCACACUAAUCGCAGCGACUAAGUCGGCAUAGCGUUGAGAUCACGGACGUACACUUAGGCAGGGACAGAAAUCAGGCAUACGAGAUGAGAUUUUUUGACAGAGGAGAUACAUAAAGUGAAACAAAUACAAACAAAGCAAAAAAGAAAAGAAACGAAGAAAGAAUGUUAAUGAAUGCAUGCAUGAAAAAUUACAUUUUGAUUAACGAAACGUCUGGGCAAAGUCUUUUUCCAAUAA